AUGGCGAACAAUUUAAACACUGCAUUGGCUCGUAAGCCCGUGAUUCACGAAUUUCCAAAUAUUAAUCUACCUUUUCCUCCUGUUAUUAAAGCAAAGGAUUUUAUUGAUCCCGAAACCAAUUCAGCCAACACUUCCUCCACCAACCACGAGGCUGCCACUGUCAACACCAACACCACUGCUAUUUAUAAAAACAGCAAAAAGAAAAUCAAUAAAUUAACUACAAAAGCUCCCAACAAAUUUUUUAUUUACCGUAAAGCUUGGGUUAUGGAAUUAAGAGAAAGGGGGUUUCAAUACCCAAUGACUGAAAUUUCUGGCUUCAUAGCAAAGAAAUGGCAAGAGGAGACUCCAGAACGUAAAAACGCCUACGUUAAAAUUGCUAUGGAAGCAAAAACCCUACAUAAACAAAAAUUCGAUUCAAAAGAGCCAAUCAAAGCACAAACUUAUAUUUGGAUAGCUUCUAAAGAUUUGUUAGAAGAUAAAGAUUGGAGUCCUGAAUAUUUCAAAGAAUACAUUAGAAGUUGGAAUGAGAAAGAUUUUGAAGAAUUGUAA